UAACGGUGGAACCUUAUCUGGUACCAUUAAUUUUACUCCGUCUGAAAAGUGUCAGAAAAACGGGAUUAUUCAGUCGAAGUUAGUACAGUUCCAACAUGAAAACCUUUAUUGACCAUCAAGUUUUCCAUAUCUAGUGAAUGUAUCGUGAUAACGGACGUCGCGCGCGGUAUUCGAGUCAACUGAAAAUAUCAUACGCCAUUAAGGGGAGUGUUGAAAGUGCAGAAAUACCAGACAUCGGAUUUUAUUGGAGUCUACAUUGAGGCAAAUAAUCCACUUGGAGAUGAAGUUAAAGAUAAAAACGAAGAUGGAGUGAUAACAACGGGGAUAUUGAACGUGUAUCUAACGCGCAUGUGGUGCACACCGGCGUAUGUACCUUGCAGCAGUGUUCGAUGUGCUUCAAGAGUAAGAAAAGUCUGUUGGAUGAGUGAAUAAGCCAUUGCAUAGAAUCGAAUAUUGCGGUGGCCUAAAGCGGAAACAAAAAUAAUAUAGUGAGUCGCACCCACAUUGUUCUGAUUGUCCAAUCCAGUUGUUAGUUAUCAAAUUGAAAAGGGCAUAAUUAAAGUGCAACUGUAGCGUUUUUCUAUAAAAGUGCAGGAGGAGUGAGAGAAAAAUUUCGAAAAUGUUGAUUCGGUGGAAGAGUAAAGACAAAAGCUCUUCCUCCAACUCUUCAGGCAGCACCAAAAAGAAAAGGAAAGGGCGAGAAGGAGAUGACGAUUGGCAAAAUGAGAAAGGCAAUCGAAAUCAGCAGAACGAGCCUGCGACCGAUGACAGGAGGCGUGUUGCCAGGAGUAGAGAAGAUCCUAGAAGGCACACCCUGGGUGGAGACAUGUUGCACUACCAAGGACAAGGCGGCGAACUUUCCGUUCUUCAACGAUCAUUAGAUUUAGAUACUCGUCAGAUGAGAGCAUAUCCACCUGUGAAUCAAGGCGCCCUUUUUGACGAUGAUCCUGGAAUCAUGUCCGAGGUCGAGACAGCUAGUACAGGAUUUAGGCGGGGCGGAAAACAACGAUCGUCGUUACCCGUUGUGAGAACCCCAUCUAAAACUCUAGAGAGACCUCUAGGUUUAGUUUUUUUGCAGUAUAGAUCUGAAACUAAGAGAGCGUUACUUCCAAACGAAAUCACCUCAAUCGAUACGGUUCGCGCUUUGUUUGUGCGAUCAUUUCCUCGGCAACUAACUAUGCAAUAUCUAGAAGGCCCCAAUGUGAAAAUAUAUAUUCACGAUUCCAGCAAGGAUAUGUUCUACGAACUGGAAGAUGUGCGGUCGCACCUGCGGGAAAUUCGAGACCGUUCAGUGCUUAGACUGUUCGAAUCGAAUGAAGUGAGUGCUCCACAAGUGUUACCUGGAGGACCAGGGAUACCUCAGCCACUAGCGACUCCUGGUGCACCUGGACUUUGGGAUUCAGAACAAAGUUACUUUAGUGAACCGGAGUUUGAUUCAGAUUAUAGACAUCAGCAUAUUCAUAAAAGUAAGACUGGAAAAGCCCCCUACUAUUUAGGAGCACAAACUUUGCCCAGAGGAAUGUAUUCAGAUAGAAACAAGAGCACAACUGGCCUACCCUCAAAGCCAAUCCGAUCAUAUGGAUCAAAGGGAAGUAUUGGACCAUCGUUUCCAUAUUCACCAGAUCAACUUUAUAGCAUUCCAGACGGAUACAUGAGCUCGCCAGAACGAAGCGGCAACAACAGAGCAUAUGAGGAGCCCUAUUAUAGCCAGUAUAGUGCUCGUGGAAAUGCAGUAACGUCAAUUAUUGAUGAGGAACAGGGUGAUGCCAGUUUGGCAGAUGAUCAGUAUGCAAUGUACGGUGUGAAAGGACUUGGAAGGAUACCACAUACUGCGAAUCAGAUGUACGACCCAACUCGGCCUGAAGAUUUACAUCGCAUUCGGGUUGAGCACAUGGAAAGACAGUUGGCCAAUCUGACCGGCUUAGUACAGAAGGCAUUGACACAGAAACCAGCACAGCCAGUAGUUAGUAACAGUCAGAGCACCUUAGGGCUGCCAGCACAAUAUCGUUCAGACAAAUCAGUCUCGUUUGAAAAAUCCGUUUCAUUUAGCGAUGAUGUUCAGGGAACCCCCAAGCCUUAUAAUCCACAUCACCUAGCUGACUCCAAGCCAACGAAGCCAGCGAUCAAAUCAUCAACAUUACCACGGACAUCAUCUCAAGACAAUCAUGUUUCAGAGCGUGACCGCUUGAAGCCUUCCCCGCCACCGAAGCCGCUAGUAUUGGCCGCGAAUCAGUACAACGCUGACUUGUCCCUCGCUCCGGAGGUGUAUAACAAUCUACGAAGCUUGCAGAAGAAAGCCAAAGAUCUUAGAACGGAGGUACGAGCAAUGCGGCGUUUAACUCAAACCCAAGCUGUCGCCAUUCGAGAAGAUAUCAAAGAUACAUUUAUGAGGAUACGCGCAACACUGCUAUCCAGUAGUGGAGUUCUUUGGGGUCAAUCUGACCAGGAGCGGACUAAAAUGACAAGAGAGGAGGAAAUUUACAAACAAGAAGUCAUACGGUUAGAAACGGAUUUGAGUGACUUGGAAUCAUCGGUUGAGGGGUUGCGAGGUGAAGUAAUUAAUCGCCGCACGCGAGUUAACAUGACGGCAGUCGAAGACAUGGCCCUUGUUUUGAGCCGUGCGAGUAAAACUGUAGCAGAAUUGAAAUUACGCUUCCCAAGGUUACAACAAGACUUGCGUACGUUCUUAUCACUCGACAUGGAAAGACUUUGCCGAGAAGAAAAUUUCCUCAAAGAAGAGCCGGAACGAUUGGAAUCUGCAUUAAGGAGAUGUAAGAAACUAACGGGAACGUUGGUUACGUUGAAAAGACUUGCAAGUGUUCAAGAGCAGCGUUUGCCUAUUCCUGAGCCAUCAUUAACGGAGGAACCGGUGAGGUCUUCUGAAGGACCCCCGAACCCAAACAAGCCAGUCCCAAGUCCCAGGUUGGGGGCGGUCUCUAUCAACGGGGGAAUUGCGCCAGAAAACGCCCUCGAUGCUCUAUUAGAUGAACUGCAAACAUUCGCCAAACCACCAAAUGGAACUAACGAGAUACGCCCUGACGAUUCUACUUCUGACGACAGCUCGCAAGCAUUACAAAGCACAGUGACUACAAAAAUGGCUCAAGCACAGCUUUAUCCAGAUACUAUUUCAACCAAUGUAGGGUUACGUCGUCUACAUUCAUACCCAAGCGGAUCAGAUACGGAUACCAGUCCUCCGCAACCAAUUCGCCCCAUUGGAAAACCACCAGUUCCCGAACGAAACGCCGAACUGUUAUCAAAGGUCAACAGUAAGCGAGUGCCACCUCCUCCACCGCCUCGAACUAGCUCUCGUAGCCCGCUCGCCAGUCCCACCAGUCCCAAUAUGCCACAUCAAAUGCAACAAAUGUCAGACAUAGAUCAACAAAGUUUAAUGGCCGCUGAAAACAUGACAAAAGAUUCGGGUAUGGAUUCCAGCAGUGAAUCUGUCAGCUCGGACAACUCACAACGACAGCAAGCCCUCGAAAUGCGGCAUCAAGAAUUGUUGAAGAAACAAAAGCAACUUCAAGAACAAUAUCAACGCCUCCAACAAAUGAGCAAAAAUAAUAUCCCACUUGUUACUCCUGAUGAUAAGAAAAAAAUGAGAUCUGGUAUGAGCGGAUCUCUGAAGAAUAUAGCGGAUGAAAAUUGUGCUGAUGGCAUCGAAACAUCUAACGGCGGUAAUAUUGACAAGAACGGUGAACUCAGCAACACAGGCACCGUCAGCAAUCUCACGAAGACUACCAAUAAGGUCUAUGAAACGGAUAUACUAUAACAGCAAGCCAAAGGAUGGCAGGAAACUGAUGUAGAUUUUCUAUGAUCUAAUUUAGACGCUAAACAUAUUUUUAGACCCUUUGGCAAUCGAUGCUAAAGUUUUGUUAUGUUUUAUAAUUUUCGAUCUAUAUGUCGAAGAUAUACAGACGAAAAAAAUGAGAGGUGUUACGAUUAUGUUAAACUUCCUACUUGUGAUGUUUUCAAUAAAUGAGCGUUAAUUGCAUUAAA